AUGUCUUCCGCCCGCUUCGCCUCUAGGCUCAUGGCCUCUGCCUCGACCAAGGUCGCCAGGCCCGUUGCCCGCACCCAGCUCGCUUCCGCCGCCUCGAAGCGCACCAUCUCUGGCCUCAACAGCCCCUUCCAGGCUGCCAAGCGCCAGCAGAUCAACGUCGCCGCCCGCCAGGCCUUCGCCAACGCCGGUGCCCGCCGCGCCUACUCCUCUGAGAUCGCCCAGGCCAUGGUUGAGGUCUCCAGGAACCUCGGUAUGGGCUCUGCCGCCAUUGGUCUGACUGGUGCCGGUAUCGGUAUCGGUCUCGUCUUCGCCUCCCUCAUCAGCGGUGUUGCCCGCAACCCUGCUCUCCGUGGCCAGCUCUUCUCGUACGCCAUUCUCGGUUUCGCCUUCGUCGAGGCCAUUGGUCUUUUCGAUCUCAUGGUUGCCCUCAUGGCCAAGUUCACUUAA